AUGCCCGGCCUUGCUCGGGAAACCCCGACCCUGGCUACCGGGUCUGCUGGGGAGGCCUCGCUCUUCCACGGCACGAAUACACCGUCCUGUGGUCCCGACCCCAGCCUGGAAGCUCGGCGCCAGAGCCCGGAGCUGGGCGCCGAGACUAAGGAGCGAUGUUGGCGACGUCCUGGCCGGCAGCCCGCAGUGUUAGAUCCCGCGAGUGCGGGCGGAGCGGAGGGAGAGGUCAAGCCCGGGUCAAGUCCCCAAGCCGGGGUCAGGUUUGAGCGGCGCUUCCCUGGGGCGGGAUGCGGCGUGGGAGCCCGAGGCGCGGGGCAGCCACGUUUCCGCAAAUCGCCUGCUUCUAAAGGGCUUCGGGGAAAGCGGAGAGAGGAGAGGAAAAAACCCGGAGCCUUGAUCAUUCCGUACUUAUUCACAACCAUCCCCCCAACUCCCCUAUGUCGGGACGGCUCCACUAAUGCCGUCCGGUCUCGGGGCUCCCAGGCCGCGCGGCCACCCUCGCCUAGGGUCUUGCCCUCCGACCCGGGCCCUGAGGGUUCGAGCAAACCCUCGUUCGCCUCUCCCUGUCUCCACGGGCCCACUACCGUGGCCCAGGAGGUGGCGGAAUCGGGGCUGCAAACCACUUGGCGGCAGCCCACCUCCGCCGCCGGACAAGGCGCCCAGGCCGGGCCCCACACCGCCCCCCCACCCCGAGUCCCCUGGCCCCGUGCCUGCCCGUCUCUCGGGCCCCAAGCUCGGCAGCCCCCGCACGCCGCCGCUAAGGCAGCGACUCCCCUCGGAAACCUGCAGGUCCGGAGGGGCGGCCGCUGCGCCGGGUGCAGGGCCUUCUCCACCGAGCUGCCCCGCUGCCUAGCCAGCCGCCCCAGGCCGUCCCGUCGGCCUCCGGCGAAUCGGAGAUAUGUUUCGGCGCCUACACUCCGCCCAGCGCCUCUGGACAUCCCUCGGCCGCGGGGCGUGCUCGGCGGGACUCCGCGCAGACGCCGCCCGCCGGAGCCCCGGGUCAGCGAGCGUUGCCCGCGCCGCCCGCCGACCCCGGGGCCCCGGGCGUUCCUCCCUCCCGGCUGGGCGCAGCGCGAAGGGCUCCAGGCGGAAACCGCAGGCACCCGCCGACACCCAACUCUCUGCGCUCCGGCUGCGCUGCGCCGAGAGCCACGUGCGCCAAACGGGCGCCGCACCCGGCCUGGGGCGCCGCCCCCGGCGCCGGAAAGAGCCUCCGCGCCGCCGCCACCAGCCCGCCGCGCCCUUGCCGCCGCCCGCCCGACCGCCCGCACCUGCACCCUCCUUUCCCGCUUGCCUUCCAUCCGUGCGUAG